AUGGCAAGAAAGAGGCGAAAGCGCCUGGGCUUCUCCAUCCUGUUGCUCGGAUCUGGCGUGAUCUUCACAGCAUUGGCGGCAUUCUUCUUCCUUUCCGCCACUCCAGCAAGUAAGCGCCUAGAUCUUGCAGGAGAAACAGGGGUUUGCCAACGAGAUAGGUACCCGCAAUCGAUCGAUCUUCGCCCCGAUCAGCUUACAGUGCUCAUGAAUGGCUUCUCCGAGGCCAGAAUCCACAUCCUGGAGCAGCACGCACAGGCGUACUCCGCCUCGCCUGUGGUGGACGCCGUCUACAUUCUUUGGGGCAACGCGUCCACGCCAGACCAGGUGCUGCUCAACGCCAAUCUCGAGAGCUUGGGUGCGCCGAUUUACCUCGUCCGCCAGCCUUCCUCCAGCCUCAACAAUAGAUUUCUUCCAAGGAAGGAGAUUUCCACGCAGGCGGUCUUGGUUUGUGACGAUGAUAUCAGCGUGGACCUAUCCAGCCUCAAGUUCGCUUUCCAAGUGUGGUCCGAGAAUCAAGACAGGAUAGUGGGCCUCUUCCCGCGGUCUCACUCUUUCCAGCUGGGUACAAAGUCAUGGAUCUACACCAAGAGCUCAAUCCGGUACUCGAUACUCCUGACGAAGUUCAUGAUCUUGGCGACCGAGAACCUUUACUUGUACUCUUGCUCCAUGCCGGCUGGUGUCAAGGAGUACGUGGAUGAUGCUAUCAACUGCGAAGACAUCGCUAUGAACUUCCUGGUUUCAAGCCGUAGCAAGAAGGGUCCGCUGCUGGUGGAGGGCAGUCCCAGGGACUGGGGCGAUCCCAGGAACUCAAACUUGGGAUUGGUUAGCGAGGCUUUGAGUGCCAGGAGCGACCAUAGAAAGGAUAGGGGCGAAUGCAUCACUGCCUUCCAUCGGCUGUGGGAUGGAAUGGAGCUAAGGUACAGCUAUCUCAAGGCGGUGUCCGACGUGCGAGAACGAGCAAUGUGUGACCAGGCGGGGACAUUGAUGGAGUGUGACCGGGUCGGGGUGGAAGUUACGUAGAUCGUGUGGCACUCAAAACGCUCCUCGUCUGGAACAAGCCAACACACGUGGUCGAGUUUCAAGCUCGUCCUGUUUCCGCCACAGACGUGCACUGUGAAGCAGGUUGACAGAGCUGGAAAAAGUGAGUCGAUGUUCCGAGAAAGCAAGAACGAGACGAGCAGCAAAGAAAAUUAGUGCCGCAAAAUGCAAGCUAAAAGCAAUUGAUCCCCCAGGAAAGGAGCUUAUGAAAUCUGGACGACAACCAUAUCAGUCCCGUGGCGACUGCUUUUCCGAGGGUCGAGAACCUCCAUGAAAAACUCGCCUUCUAAUUCUUGGAAACCACACGAGCGAGGUCCCCGAGCAAUGCUCGAGUUUUCGCGCGGCUGCCAGAUCCCAUCCGACGCAAAGAUCAGAAACUCGUCCCCCUCGCCAACUUCUACCUCCUUGAUCUCCGGGACAGCAACAAUCAUCUGUUCUUCAGCCGAGACUUCUCUGUUGUCCUUGAAGAUAAAGUCGCCCAGGCUCUGGAGAGAUUGUAAACACCUCGGACAUUCAUCACGUCUCCACCACAGUGAUCCUCCUGCUCUCCGACUCCAGCUCUAGCUUAUGAUCUCUGGACAGCUAGGAAAAGAGCACGAGAAGGAAGAAACAAUAGACUCACCGCACGAAGCUUGACUGUGAGCUCCUCGCUAAAAUCCGAGAGCACAUCAACGUGCGUCUUGAGCACGCAUGUCUCAGGCCCGACCUGUAUAAACAUCACAAAACUUGGAAUCA